AUGCAAUUUGGGAAUGACUGUGUAUUGGGUUAUUGGCCAGCCUUCUUGUUUUCGCACCUUGCCGAUAGUGCAUCAAUGAUUGAGUGGGGAGGAGAGGUGGUGAACUCAGCAUCAGAUGGGCAACACACCACCACCCAAAUGGGCAGUGGCCAUUUCCCUGAAGAAGGGUUUGGCAAAGCUAGUUACUUCAGAAACAUCCUGAUUGUAGAUGGUUCCAACAAUCUAAGAGCUCCUAAAGAUGUUGGCACUUUCACUGAGCAAUCCAAUUGCUAUGAUGUUCAAAUUGGGAAUAAUGGUGAUUGGGGCAACUACUUUUACUAUGGUGGUCCUGGUAGAAACCCUAAUUGUCCAUGACCAAAGUGAAAUAAAAAAAAUAAAGUUGCUCUCUUUCUUAUUCCAUUUGUGUGAACAUUCAAGGUGUCCAAUUGACCACCUGUAUGUUGAUUUGUUUACUUCACUAUUGUACACCCUUUGUUUAGGCUAGGCUAGUAUACCAUAAAUAGUAACAACAUUUGCAUUUUAGUAUCAUCUGAUAUGGUAAUUUACAUGACACUAUCACAUUACUUGAUGAGCUUUAUUUCUUAUGUAUA